AUGCGCCAACCAGCCGAGCGGAUUGUGUGUCGCUCUCUUGACGAGAAACGGUUUCAACGCUUUCCAAGAGUAACUUCCGCCGUCCACAGACAGGCAAGGCGGCAGCUCUGCACGUGGAAGACUCUGGGAUUCUGUGCAUACGGCGUGUCGUGCUUGUCCAAAGCUGACCACAUCCAGGACACGUGAGUUGCAAGCUUGCAUGCAGACACUUUUCAGAAAUGUUUCCUCUGUCUGCUUUCCUCUGCCUUGUAGGCUCGAGCCCAGGGCGACGACAAGGGGGUCUCCGACACACAGCGACUGCACCGAGGUUACAAGCAACAAGCACGCUUCAAGGGCCUUCGGAGGUUAA